AUGAGGGUUCGAAGGACCUGCGGCUUGCUCAGGAUGCCACAGCCCUUUCAGACUGAGCGCAAUGGCUCUUGGAGGAGUUUCGUGUCCCGUUCCCCAAGCCCGCUUAGUGGGGCAGUAGGGGCGGGAUGGCCCCCGAGGACCGCGGAUUGCAGACAGUUCAGGGAGGUCGGGCGCGGCACCUGGAGCCACCCGGAGCCGCUCCACCCGGGAGUCUCCGCCCGUCCGGCGGCCGGCCCCGAGGACGCGGAUCCGAGGAGAGGUGGGGCGGGCCGCGCCCCGGAGCCCAAGCGCAGGUUCCCCGCAGCCGUCGGCCGAGUCCGGAGAGGGGCCGGGGGUGAUCAUCACCUGAGUCGGCAGCUAAGCGGGACUCCGUACGCCCGUCAACGCCCCCACCCGGUGGCCAAGCCCUUGAGCGGUGAAGGAGGUUUGGCACCGCUCCCACUGGAGCCGGGAGGGGACGGACGGCGGCGGACUAGACCCUUGGACUCGACCCGCAGCCGGACGUUAGCGUUUCUGCGGGGGCGUGGAGAGCAGGGCUGGAGGACGGUCGCCAGGGCCGUCCCUAACGCUAGGCGCCCCCAGCAGGCCGGAGGGACCACCUUUCCCAGGUUCGCGCUGCCCUCGGGCACGACAGCCACCAUGUCUUCACCCCCGGUGGAUUCGUCGGGCUCCCCACGCCGGGACCACGCCUGA